AUGACCUCUUCGUCAUCCUUAAACGAAGUGCAAACUCCCGAAGUUCAUGCCAACGCUCUCCAAGUCGCCAAGCCCAAGUUAUCCCGCCGCGCACUGAAGUAUGAGACGGUAUUCUUGGUAUACAAAGGCUACCUCAAACUUCAGGCCGACGCCCAAGAUGACAACCUUGAGAACCUGACUCGCUUGUGUCUUCGCUUCAACUGGGUGCCUUCUAUCGACACGGUCAACUGGCUGAUCCUGGAGGCCAACCUCAUCGACGAGAAACACUGCUUGAACUUCGCAGUCUACCCUUUCAUGCAGGAGUUCAAGUUCUUGAUGGGCGCCACGCAUGGUACCAAACAGCCUCGCCUAUUCGUGGGAAUACUCAGAUUCCACCAAGGUCAGACUGAAGUCUGGGCUGGUUGGCCAAAGAUCGCGAGAGACACGAACUCCACGACAACCGCCAGGACUGAACUCUACGACUCACCUGAGGCUAUGGACGAGGAUGGUCAAGCAGCCCCCGUACUUGACCUCAGCCCGGAAUGGCGCCGUCGUAUCAAGUGGGACGAACCUCUUGAAAAACUCUUCCGGAUGAGCGAGAUCCUUCGCAGAGAAGGAAAUCUUAGCAAGGCAGCUCAAGUUCAAGAUGCCAUCUUGCUCAGUGUCGCCAAAGUCGUGAUCCGUUUCCCAGGUCUCUUGAGAGCAAGUCCCAAUCCAAACGAGAGACGAGGCCACAUCUCGACCGAUACUUUCGAAUUCUCACAGCGUCCUUUCGAUGAUCGCGAACCUGAGUCGCCAGACAGUCCUUUCUUGGAAGCCUAUCGCAAGCUCAACUAUGGACCAGACCCCGCCAAGAGUGUGCAUAGAUGCCAUCCUCCAGACUCGAAAAAGUUCAAGCCCGACGUCAAGGCUUUCGAAAUCAGGGCCGGCAACAAAUCUGUUCCGUACUGGGCCCCCAAGAGCAAGAUCAAGUGGGCAUCCGAGAGUGUGACCAAGAACAACAAGAGGAAACUCGUCGACUUUGACUUUGACGACGACAUCAAGGUUGUCUCUGAAUCCGACACUGAGGUUGACCUGUCAGCUUGGCGUUCGGAGAGGCACAACAAUGACAACCUCGAUCGACCAGACGAAGUAUUCUAG